AUGGUCAGCGCCCAAGAUGUCGCGGGUCGCAAGUCAGACACGGGUUCGGAUGAGCAAAAGCAAGCCGCGCAGAUGAUCCAGCGCAACUAUCGCGGCUAUCGAGAGCGUAGGCAGCUUCAAGGCAUGGGCCUAGAUGCUAGCGCACGUUGGGCAGAGGUCCGAGACGCUAUACGUGAUGCGAAAUGGCGUAAUGCGACGAGACCCAAGCCGCGCGCGGAAGAGGCGGCUUUGCGCGAGAGCCUCACCACACCCGAGGAACGUUCACGAGCCAACUCGACGGCAGCGCGCGAGAAGUGGAAGCGUGUAGGCGAGAUAGCGCGGCGAGCAGGAGCCGACGAUCCCUACGAUGUCUCGCCCACGGAUGACGAGGAUGCGCCCGAGAACCACACUGAACAGCGGCGGAAGCAGAACGAGUCAAAGGCCGAGCGUGAGAAGACAGCCAAGAUGAUGGAUCUCCAGUACUUCUUGGAAAUGGUUGACCAGAAGCAUCGCUAUGGCAGUAAUCUAAGGGCUUACCACGACCAGUGGAAGAGAGCAGACACGCAUGAGAACUUCUUCUACUGGCUAGACAAUGGCGAAGGCAGACACUUCGAGCAUCCAACUGUCUCCAGAGAGAGGUUGGACACAGAGAGGGUGCGCUAUCUAUCGCGAGAGGAGCGCCAAAAUUACCUGGUUACCAUCGACGACGAAGGACGGUUGAGCUGGGCGAAGAACGGCGAACGGCUCAACACAUCUAUGGAUUACAAAGACAGUGUCAAUGGUAUUGUACCAGCCGACGACGAUACCCCCGCCUAUGGUCCGAAGGCCAAACUCCACUCUGGACAAAGUAAGACCCUACGACGAAGUUCGAUGAUUUCGGUGAGCUCAAGCUCGUCAAUCUCGGAGAGCGACGCGGAGGCAGAACACUAUGUCAAUGAGGAUCUCGACAAGGCUAAGGGCAUCUCGAAACUCAAACAUGUGUCAGCCGCGACUAUUCUAAAUCACCUACUGCGAAGUUCGGUAAAACCGAACUCGUGGAUCUUCGUAGCCGACACGUCUUUCCGCCUGUACGUCGGAAUCAAGCAAUCGGGUGCCUUCCAGCACAGCUCUUUUCUACAUGGGGCCCGCAUUUCUGCCGCGGGUUUGAUCAAAGUCAAGGAUGGCCAGCUAAGGCGCCUCUCCCCCCUGUCUGGCCACUACAGACCUCCUACGAAGAACUUUCGUGCAUUCGUGCAUUCGAUGAAGGAGAAUGGAGUGGACAUGUCCCGCGUCUCCAUAUCCCGAUCGUAUGCCGUACUCGUCGGUCUCGAAGCUUAUGUCAAGACACGCAAAAAGUUCAAGCAUGGAGUUGAGCACGUUAAGGAGGCAGAGACGAAGGUUGUACACCCAGAAGAAUAUGAACGUCAAAUCGAAGAGCAGAAGGACAAGAGCGAAAGCGCACAGAAAGAGCGGCAACUACUUGCGCAAGAGGCGGAAAGGAAAGAGGCAGAGAAGAAGCAGACUAGUUUCGGUCGGCGACUAUGGAAAAGGCUUAGUCGAGGCGGUGGUGAGAACGACGACCUGACACCCAAAGAACGAGAGGCCGCCAAGCAGAAGAGGAAGAAGUGGAUAUCCAAGUCAGGAGAAGACGUCGAAGAUGGUAUUCCGCCUGAUGGGCAUCGGGACUCUGCCCCUGCAUCAUGA